AUGUCCGCUUCCCAAAAGAUUAAGGUUGCCAACCCCGUUGUCGAGCUCGACGGCGAUGAGAUGACGCGUAUUAUCUGGAAGAAGAUCCGCGACGAUCUCAUCCUCCCCUUCCUCGACGUGGACCUGAAGUACUAUGACCUGAGCAUCGAGAACCGUGACCAGACCGACGACAAGGUCACGGUCGAGGCCGCAGAGGCCAUCCAGAAGUACAAGGUCGGUGUCAAGUGCGCCACCAUCACCCCCGACGAGGCGCGCGUGGAGGAGUUCAAGCUCAAGAAGAUGUGGCUCUCGCCCAACGGCACCAUCCGCAACAUCCUCGGCGGCACCGUUUUCCGCGAGCCCAUCGUCCUUAACAAGAUCCCCCGCCCGGUCCCUGGCUGGACUAAGCCCAUCUGCAUUGGCCGCCACGCGUUCGGCGACCAGUACCGCUGCCAGAACUUUGUGGUGCCCGACGCGGGCAAGCUCACGAUCACCUUUACGCCCGAGAACGGCGGCGAGAAGAUCGAGCACCACGUGUACGACUACCCCAAGGACGGCGGUGUGGCGAUGGCCAUGUACAACACCACCGAGUCGAUCACCGGAUUUGCGCACGCCUGCUUCAAGGUCGCGAUCGAGAAGCAGAUGCCCCUGUACCUCUCGACCAAGAACACGAUCCUGAAGGCGUACGACGGCAAGUUCAAGGACAUUUUCCAGGACCUCUACGACAACAAAUACAAGCCCGAGUUUGAGAAGCUCAAGAUCUGGUACGAGCACCGCCUGAUCGACGACAUGGUCGCCCAGGCCAUCAAGGGCGACGGUGGCUUCGUGUGGGCGUGCAAGAACUACGACGGUGACGUCGAGUCCGACAUUGUCGCCCAGGGCUACGGCUCGCUGGGCAUGAUGACCUCGGAGCUGAUCACCCCCGCCGGCGACCUCAUCGAGAGCGAGGCUGCGCACGGCACCGUCACGCGCCACUACCGCGAGCACCAGAAGGGCAACGAGACGAGCACCAACUCUGUUGCCUCGAUCUACGCCUGGACCCGUGGCCUGAUCUUCCGCGGGAAGCUCGACGGCAACCAGGACCUGGUCGACUUUGCCCGCGCGCUCGAGGAGGCCUGCACCGAGUCCAUCGAUAAGGAUGGCGUGAUGACCAAGGACCUCGCCUACUCGAUCCACGGCAAGAACAUGAAGCGCGAGCACUACGUGACCACGUUCGAGUUCCUGGACCACGUCAAGCAGCUCCUCCGGAACAAGCUCCACACCCAGGGCAAGACGCACCUCUAA